AUGCCUUCUGCCAAGAAAUACAAAUUGUUCUCCAUUGCGGACGGAAAGAAACCGAUUUGCGCGUUCUUUUCGUCACCUGCAGGAUGCAGGAAUGGUGACGAGUGCCGGUUUUUGCAUGAGAAGGAAGGCCAAAGCAAUGCAGGAGGAUGUGGUGUUGCAGUGUCAGAUUCUGCCAGUGUAAUUAGUUCCGAAAGCGAAGAAGGCGAGGACCAAAGGAAUUCAACGAGUAGACCUCGUUGUACUCCCAAGAGCGGAGUAGGUAUUGAUUACAAACAGGAACCUAUAGAGAAGAAAAGAAAAGCAGAUUCUAUCGAAAAUCACGACGACCCGUUUGCAAGUCCUAAGCAAAAGCGUCCGGGUGUGCAGACUGUAUCGGGCAGCGGCAGUCAGAAGAAAAAGCCUAGACAGCAGCCUAGCUCACAACAUGAGGGUCAGAUUGAGCCAAGAUCAAGCAACAAGAAGCAACCACAUAGUCAAUCUCACACAAAAAAGCCGAAGCAAAUUACGACUGAAGACUACCGAAGCUUUGCUUCUCAUCUGCCUGUCGCUUCGUUGUCGACCGUGAGCAUAAACAAUGUAGCAAAGGAAAUCGAAGUGUCAUCACCCACACAUUCAAGAAAGCCAGAAAAAAACUCUUAUUCGGUUGAAGUUCGGGACAAGUUUCCGCUUCCAAAAUCAACGGAAAUUGGCAGGAAGUGGAAAGCUGCCGUUUUGAAAAGCCGCGAACAUGAACGGUAUAAUAGUUGUUUCAAUUUUGCCAGCUACAAACAGAAAUAUAAGGAGGGGGGGAUUCUGUCUGAUUGGAUCAAAGCGAGGAGCUUCGGUGCUUGGUGCUCCUCAAACCCACAAGCAAUUGCUAUUGAUUGCGAAAUGUGUGAAACUCAAGACCCGUUGUCUGGAUCUAAGAAUCCAAAAGCAUUAUGCCGUAUCAGCGUCGUCAAUGCUGAAUAUCCUGACGAAGUGCUUCUAGAUACUUUAGUGAAGCCAGACUGGCCAGUCAGUGAUUAUCGAUCGAGAAUUAACGGGAUAGAUAAAGAGCAUCUGGAAAACGUUCAGUUCACGCUUCGGCAUGCCCAAGCAUUCAUGAUGGCUCUCUGCAGCGAUGAGACGGUUAUCGUGGGUCAUGCAGUUCAUAAUGAUCUUGUCGCGCUGAACAUGGAACACAAUUGUAUUGCAGACUCGUCAUUUCUAUUUCACGCCAAAGACUCUCGCAAAGCAACAGUUAGUCUAAAAGACUUGGUGUCUAGCCUUUUUCAAGAGAAGAUGCCAGAAACACAUGAUAGCGUGAAUGACGCAAGAAAGGCUCUUGGUUGUGUUGCUCAUUGGGUCAAAAAUUCUGGAAAUGUCGUAGAAAUACAAAGAAGCACCAAUGAUGCAAAGAGUUCACGAUUAUUUGUUCAUCGCAUUCCAAAGUACUGCAAGGCCCAAAAUCUCUGCUUGAUGUUCCAGAAACAUACUGAUAUUGUCCCUCAAGAAGUCGACGAAAUCGAAUUUUCAGGCACAACAGGAAAGACACACGUGGCGUUCAAAACAUCACGACAUGCCAGGCUAGCCUUUGAAACCCUCGAUGGAGUUUCAGAACCCGAUAAAUCAGGUAGAUUGCAGAAGAAAGUCUACCUCAAGAAUGGUGAUUACAUUCGCAUUCGAAAGAUGAUACAUGAAAAAGAGAUUGGAACCAUUCCCAAACUGGUUGCAAGCCCAUAG